AUGGACCCCGCGGUGAUCACUCGCGUCGCGCCCAAGAUCCCGUUCGUGUGUGCGGGGGUCAAGUGCACCAAGCCCGGCUGCCGAUCCAAGGACCACCGCAAGUGCAAGAUGUUCAAGUGCAUCCUGCCCGCUGGAUACGGCCCCGACAACACGCGGGUGUUCUGCAAGGGGUGCCAGCCCAAGGCCGACGCCAGCAAGGGCGAGAAGAAGCGUCCGGCCAGGUAUGGGCAGUUCAACUGCAUCCCCACUCACUGUGUGAACUGUGGGCCACCGCUCGGCAUGCGGCUCCUACACGUGCGCAACGGGUUCGGUCAGUUCGAGCUGGGCAACGGGACGGCGUGCGUCGCUGAAGCAUCGUUCGAGGUCGACGGGGAGAAGCGCUGCAAGGAGCACCGGGACGGCGCAGCGGUGAAAAACCUGAAGCUGUGCACGGAGCCAGGGUGCAAGAAGCUCAAGGUCCAGCGGGGCUACUGCAACUCACACGCGAUGCUGUACAAGAUUGCAGUCUCCACGUGCUGCGUGGACUGCCUCAAGAAGCCGGAGUUCAAGACGGGGAGCAACGGCGCGGAGGUUGGUCGCCUGUGCAUGCCCUGCACGGAAGCUCGCAUCGAGUUGUGUGAAAAUUUUCGCUGGUGGAGGAUCGGUGUAUACUGGUACGUGAACGGUGAUGUGGUGAGCGCCAAGUACGACCCCGAAGGUGGAACCCCUCUCUACUGCGUCAAGUUGGGAAACCCCCAGCAUUGCGUGCGCCACCGCACCUCCGACGAGGUGAACGCCACCAAUUUGGUGCGCGUCGAGCCCGGGUGUAAGACCAAGGCAAGCAACGGGACGGUUCAAGGCCAGCCGAAGCACUGCGCGCGCCACCGGCAGCCCGGCGAGAAGGACGUCAUUAACAAGCGCUGUCCAAACUGCACCGUGAUGCUCCAGAGCCAGACCAAGCUCUACCAGCCCUACUGCUUUCGGUGCUUCCUCGUGCUGAACCCGACGGUCGAGGUGUCCCGACAGUACCUCGUCAAGGAAGAGGCGUUCAUGGAAGAGCUGACCGACAGCAUUCCCGAUAAUGACCCUGAACAAGACGAUCGCUGGUGGUUCCUCGCCCCGCCGACCAGAUGA